AUGUGUGUCCUGUGUUUCCCAAAGGCUCUCGCCCAUGUUUUCAAGAUCUAUUUUACGGCCAGCUAUAAUUUCAAAUCCAGGACUUGGCCCAUCGAAUUCCAGUGGGAUGAGCCCAGCAAUGGUGGCAACACCCCCGGCUGCAUCGGAGGCCGAAGGCGCCAGAUCCUUGUCAAAGCAGCGUCGCAACCAUGCCCGCUGGCAUCGGCGUUUGCUGUCGGGCCGGGUGGAGACCGGGAUUCCCACCGGGACUUCUUCAGCCGUUUCAAACAGCUGCCAGGCCAACUGGCCAGCUACGUCAUGGCCCAUUCCUUAGGCCGCUGGUUGCUCUACCCUGGCUCGAUGUUCCUCCUGAACCAAGCCUUGUUGCCCGUCCUGGCAAAGGGCCAAGCCCGCCUCCUGGAGGAAUAUCACGGGAAACGCGCUAAGCUGGUGGCUCGGGACGGGAAUAAGAUCGACACCAUGUUUGUGGACAGGAGAGCGGCAGGCACGGGCUCGGCGGAGCUCCGAGGGAAGCGGCUGGUGGUUUGUUGCGAGGGGAACGUCAGCUUCUAUGAAUGGGGCUGCCUUUCCACCCCCUUGCAGACCGGCUAUUCUGUGCUGGGGUGGAACCACCCCGGCUUCGCAGGGAGUACGGGCCACCCUUACCCACAGAAUGAUGCCAACGCCGUGGACGUGGUGAUCCAGUACGCGACUCGCUGCCUGGGCUUCCGGCUAGAAGACAUCGUUGUGUACGGGUGGUCCUUGGGGGGCUACUCGGCCACGUGGGCUGCCAUGACCUACCCGUCGAUCGGAGCCCUGGUCCUGGACGCCACUUUUGACGACCUGCUUCCUUUAGCCCUGAAUGUGAUGCCCAAGAGCUGGAAGAAGCUGGUGGUGCGGACAGUGAAAGGCCACUUCAACCUCAACGUGGGCGAACAGCUGUGCAAGUACAUGGGGCCCGUCUUGCUGAUCCGGAGGACCAAGGACGAGGUCAUCACCACCUGCCCGGAUGUGGACGACCAGAUCGCCAACCUCCGGUGCAACCGGGCGAACGAACUCCUGGUCCAGUUGCUGGAGCAUCGCUACCCGGACGUAAUGUCCCCGGAAGGGGUGGCCGCAGUACACAACUGGCUCCGGGCUGCCAACCCCCGCCAAGAAAAGGUGGUCUGCCGCCGUUACAAGGUCGACGAGGAAUGGUGUCUCAAGGAGCUACAGGACUACAAGUCGAGCCGAGGCCUUGACGUCGGUUUCCCGUGGAGGGUCGGGACGUUUCUCACCUCCAAAGAAAAGCAGCGGAUGGCCGUCUUUUUAGCCAAGAAGCACAUGAAAAAUGUAGAGGCCACGCAUUGGUCUCUCCUUAAACCCGACGAUUUCCAGAUGCCCUGGAAGUUAUAG